GGAGGACUGAGAGUUUGUCUAGGAUGGGGCCUUAGUCUGGGAAGAAGUCUGCCCAGGGAAGCAGAGAAACACAGAGAGAUUUGAAUCCACUUGUGGAAACGGUCGUACCAAAGAAAGAGUUCUAGAAACACGGCACUGUCACAGAGGGAUUCAUUUCACUCACUGCCAGGGUGCCCAAUGGCCUUGGAGGAAGGAGGUUGGGAAACACUGGUAAUGGAAAUGAAGAAAGUCCACAGAAGGAGAAGAACCAGCUGGAAGUGUUCACUCUCCCUCCACAAGUAUGGCAACCUCUGCACAAUACAGACAGCUUAUAAAUGAUUAUGGACCCCCGUCUCUAGGCUAUACGCAAGGGAUGCAGGGUACCAGCAGUAGUCAAGUACCACAAAGCAAAUAUGCAGAACUUCUAGCUAUCAUAGAAGAAUUAGGAAAAGAAAUUAGACCUACAUAUGCUGGAAGUAAAAGUGCCAUGGAGAGGCUAAAACGAGGCAUCAUUCAUGCUAGAGGAUUAGUUCGGGAAUGCUUGGCUGAGACUGAACGGAAUGCAAGAUCCUAGCCUACUAAUUAAAUUACAAGACUUUCCAUCUCUUUAUGAAGAAAAAUGUAAUACUUAUUCCUUUUGAAACAUGCAGAUGAAUCUUUUUAUUUUGAUUGUUUUACCCUUUUUUGCCCUUAUGAAAAUGUACAGCUAAGAAUGAGAAGAUUUUUCAAUUUACUGAGGGUUUGCAUUUUUUUUUAGAUGUUAAACGCCCCAAAUUCUUUCUAAAAGGUUAAGACUAAAACUGCAUGCAGAGGAAUGCUUUCUCUCCCACAGACUAUACUUAAGUUCCUUUCUUAUCCAGCCACAGUCUCCUUCUUUUUAUUUCUUUGACUAUAUUCACUUAACCCCACAUGGUCAAUCUUUCAACCUUUGACAUAAGCUCUAAGGAUUUUUUUUUUUUUAAUAACUGCACUGGUAGCAUGUUUUACCUAGUAGUCGGCUAUACUCACAGUUUGCCAUACAGCAUAGACCCUGCUUAGAAAUAACCCUUUUUUUGCAUAAGCAUUUGCAUGAUUGUUAGUGCUUUGGAGUCCAUUUAAAGUGCAUGAGUUAUAAAUACAGAAGAUAGAGCAACCUAACAAACAAUAACAAGGUCCCAGAAAACUAAUUUUCACCCUAAGGCUGAAGAUUUCAAUUGUAAGUUUGCCAAAAAAAAAAAAAAAAAAAUUCUGGAUAAAUUACUAAAACUGUUAUUUGCAUCUUUGUAUGUAUUUAUUACUUGAUGUAAUAAAGCUUAUUUUCAUUAA